AUGUUCACUUACCAGCUAUCGAUCCAUGAUACUGUGGAAAAAAUGUGGAUAAACCUUGGGAAACCUCUAAAUUCCUCCGUGGAAAUGACUCCAAGGACCAGCAGAAUGGGGUUGUUGGAGGUUGGCAGUGAUGAAGAUCGAAAGUUAAACCUCAGCUUAAGUGAGAGCUUUUUCAUGGUGAAAGGAGCAGCCCUCUUCUUACAACAGGGAAACAGCCCUCAAGGCCAGCGAAGUCUUCAGCAUCCCCAUAAGCAUGCAGGUGACUUGCCCCAACAUCUUCAAGUAAUGAUCAACCUUCUGCGUUGUGAAGAUAGAAUCAAGCUGGCCGUGCGCUUGGAGAGUGCCUGGGCGGAGCGUGUCCGGUACAUGGUGGUGGUGGACAGCAGUGGUCGCCAGGACACAGAGGAGAGUAUCUUGCUGGGAGUCGACUUCUCCAGUAAGGAAAGUAAAAGCUGUACCAUUGGGAUGGUUCUCAGACUGUGGAGCGACACGAAGAUCCACCUUGAUGGUGACGGUGGAUUCAGCGUCAGCACAGCAGGAAGGAUGCACGUCUUCAAGCCCGUAUCUGUCCAGGCCAUGUGGUCUGCCCUGCAGGUCCUUCACAAGGCCUGCGAAGUGGCUCGAAGGCACAACUACUUCCCUGGGGGCGUGGCUCUCAUCUGGGCCACCUACUAUGAGAGUUGUAUCAGCUCUGAGCAGAGCUGCAUCAACGAGUGGAAUGCCAUGCAGGACCUGGAGUCCACUCGGCCUGACUCCCCGGCACUGUUUGUUGACAAGCCAACCGAAGGAGAGAGGACUGAGCGCCUCAUCAAAGCCAAACUCCGGAGCAUCAUGAUGAGCCAGGACCUAGAAAAUGUGACCUCCAAAGAAAUCCGUAAUGAAUUGGAGAAACAGAUGAACUGUAACUUGAAAGAAUUCAAGGAAUUCAUAGACAACGAGAUGCUACUUAUUUUGGGACAGAUGGACAAGCCCUCCCUCAUCUUCGAUCAUCUUUAUCUGGGCUCUGAAUGGAAUGCAUCCAAUCUGGAGGAACUGCAGGGCUCAGGUGUUGACUACAUUUUAAAUGUCACUAGAGAAAUAGAUAAUUUUUUCCCUGGCUUAUUUGCAUAUCAUAACAUCCGAGUCUAUGAUGAAGAGACAACAGAUCUUCUUGCCCACUGGAACGAAGCAUACCAUUUUAUAAACAAAGCGAAGAGGAACCAUUCCAAGUGCUUGGUACAUUGCAAAAUGGGUGUCAGUCGAUCCGCUUCCACCGUCAUAGCGUAUGCGAUGAAGGAAUUCGGCUGGCCCCUGGAGAAAGCGUACAACUAUGUGAAGCAAAAGCGCAGUAUAACGCGCCCUAACGCGGGCUUUAUGAGGCAGCUGUCUGAGUACGAAGGCAUCUUGGACGCGAGCAAACAAAGGCACAACAAGCUGUGGCGCCAGCAGACCAAGAGCUGCCUACAGCCGCCUGUGGAUGACCCUGCGGAGCCUGGGGACUUCCUGCCAGAGACCCUGGAUGGUACCCUGGAGGCCCAGCCACCUUGCUUGGAUAAUGCUGCCCAGCCUGGGCUCCCAGGCAGCAGAGCCCUAGGAGAACCCGCUCUCCCCUGCUGUUUCCGACGACUCUCAGACCCCCUCCUGCAUUCCCCCAGUGACGAAACUGGCAGUUUAGUCCAGCUGGAGGAUCUGGAGAAGGACUUGCUGUUGGAUGAAGCAGCUCAGCCAGCAGAGGCACCCAAGCCAGUCAGACCUCCCCAGGAAGGCCCUGGACUCUGUGAGAAGGAAGUGAGAAAGAAACCUGAGUUUGGGAGCCUGAAAACCCGGAGUGGCCCCUUGCCACAGGUGGAGGAGAUGCAAAGGGAGGAGGCUCCAGGAGCUGGGAAGUGGGGGAGGCCCCCAACUCAGCUGGAUAAAAACCUGCUCAACCGGGAAAACCUAAAUAAUAACAACAGCAAGAGGAGCUGUCCAGACGACUUUGAGCACGAUGCUAUAUUUGGGAUCCUCAACAAAGUGAAGCCUUCCUACAAAUCCUGUGCCGACUGCAUGUAUCCUCCAGCCAGCGAGGCUCCUGAGGCCUUCAGGGAGCGACUCGAGAACCCGGGUGCUCCCGCCAUCUGCACCCAGCCAUCCUUCCUGCCCCACCUCACGUCUUCCCCUACAACCCAUACAUCGGGCAGGUCACGAACUUUGGAGAAGCUGGCCGCCGGCCCAACUGAAACUCCCCUGUUUCUACUACCAGCAGGCCCAAGGAGGCUGGACACUGAUGGCUCUGGGGCCGGGUCUGCCCUGGAACUACCAGCUAGCCUUUUGGAACCUUCCAGAGAAACCCAAAAAGUCCUGCCAAAGGCCCUCCUUUUGAAGAAUUCUCACUGUGAUAAGAAUCCUCCCAGCAUGGAAGUAAUGAAAGAAGAAUCACAACCCAAGAAAGACGUGAAGCCGGCCAAGGACCUGCGGCUUCUGUUCAGUAAAGAAGCCGAGAAACCAACAACGCACAGCUACCUGAUGCAGCACCAGGAAUCCAUCAUUCAGUUGCAGAAGGCUGGCUUGGUCCGCAAGCACACCAAAGAACUAGAGAGGUUGAAGGGUAUGCCCGCCGACCCAGUGUCUCCCCUCAGGGACGGUGCCACCAGCAGGCUGGAGGCCAGCAUACCUGAGGAGAACCAGGACCUGGCUCCUGCCCCUCUGCCAGGGGCCCUGGCUCUGCCAGACCAAGCUGGGAGUGAUGAGAAGCCAGAGGCCACCCCACCUACUGCAGAAGGUGCCUCGCUGAAAAGCCCCACUCCCUUCCUCUGCCGCCUGGAUCACACCAGUCAUUUUUCGAAAGAUUUUCUGAAGACCAUCUGCUACACUCCCACCUCAUCUUCCAUGAGUUCCAACCUGACCCGGAGCUCUAGCAGUGACAGCAUCCACAGUGUCCGCGGAAAGCCGGGGCUGGUGAAACAGCGGACGCAGGAGAUUGAGACUCGGCUCCGGCUGGCGGGCCUUACCGUCUCGUCCCCACUCAAACGCUCACACUCUCUUGCCAAGCUUGGAAGUCUCAACUUCUCAACAGAAGACCUGACCAGUGAGGCUGACGCAUCCACCACUGCUGACUCCCAGGAUGCCAAGUUGAGUGAGGCUUCCCUCUUACAUGAGCCCCAGGCAACCCCGAGGAACCCAGCCACCGCCUCUAAACUGUCAGGGAAAUCUGCCCCAGAAAACUUGAAAAGCCCCUCAUGGAUGUGCAAAAGCUGACCCGUCCUUAGCUGAUCACGUGAUCCUCCCCGGAUUUCACUAUGGAUUUUGGUCAGCCCCUCAUGUCUCGAUUGUUUUUAAACAACUAGCAUCCUCUGAACUUUCCCCCUCUCGCCACAGAGAUGAAGAGAAGCAGACAUGCAGCCCAAGAAGGAAGAGGAGUGUCCGUCGUGUGGCUGGGAGAACCAGAAGCUGUCGGCCAGCAGACGCUGAGCCCAAGUCAUGUGUUUGCAAGAAGAAUCGUGUCUUAAGAAGGGGAUAUACAGAUAUGCACACACAUCAAAAAUAUUCCAUUUGCAACAUGCAAAAGUUGCAGUUACGGCGUCUUCACCAUAGCACAUGUUCCUAGCUCAUUCAGGCCCUUAUGGGAAAACUCUUGGAUGGCAAUAUAAGUCCUACCUCUGUUCUUGCUGUGCUUUUUAUUUUUAAAAUACAAUAGUGAUGAAGGCUUGUUCCAGGGAGUAAUGCUGUGUCAGAAAAAGGUUUUCCAAAAAGAAUUUUUUUUUUUUGGUUGUGACCCCCAAAAGUGUUAAGAUUUCUAACUCUUCUUGCACCAUGCGCUGCUGUGUAAAUUUACACGAAGGAGUUGACGCUGUUUUUGGACCAGCUCUGGUGCGUGGAGAUCAUCUGUGUGGUUGACGUCUCUGUGCUGGUGUGGUAUUAACAGCUGAGUGGGGUGUGUCCGGCUAGCACUGGGGUCUGGCGAGGGAAAAUGUGUGAUGUCCUCAGUUGCUAACGGUGGCGUUUAAAUGGCUCCCACUCUGAGGAGAAGGACCCCGCAAGCAUGUUGCGUCUCCUGUGCUGUUGAGCCCCAGUAGUUGUGCUGAGGUUUUGAAAGCACUCAAGUGUCCGGUGGGGGCAGUGGUUCUGAGAUGUGGAUCGUCCUGCCAGCAGCCCCAGCACUCAGGUUCAUUUGGUCAUAUCUACUCGUAUUGGGGGAGGAAAGGAGAUUCCAGCUAAGAGAAAUGUGGCUGUUGGAAAGCUUCAUAGAUGUUUACAGUUGCCCCUUCCUGUGGGGAGAAUUCUGCCUGUUUCUCUUCGGCUCUUCCUUGCAGCAAGGACGGGGUACAGGAGGGGUCUGCGGUCCCAGCCUGGGCUCCAUCAGGAGCCCCUUUAGGAUCAGGUGAGCGUAGUGUGUCAUGCUGCCGUGGGGCUGUGGGCUUAAGUGGAGGGUCAUCUGGUGUCAGUCAGCAAGACGGGGUAUUAAAAUAUUUGAAGAGAGAAGCGGCUUGAUUAGAAAGGUUUAAUUCAGGGGUCAGCAGACUCUCGUGUGUGGCCCCGUGAGCUAAAAAUGGUUUUUAAGAAAAUUAUUUAUAAGAAAAUAAUAGGCAACGAAGAUCGGUAGCCUGUAAAGCCUGAGAUAUUUGCUAUCAGGCACUGCGUAAAAAAGUGCUGACCUCUGGUUUUAUUUGACAACAUAGAGCUGCCCAGGGCCCUCUGGGAAGAAAGUGGGAAAAUGCGAAGGCCUCCCUGCUCCUUCAACACCUCAGGCCAAAUCCUCCCAACCCAGACCUUGCCAGCCCACCCCCACGGUGACAGGGUGGCAUGGCUGUGUCAGAGGAGGAAUGCUGCUGGCUGAAGCCUUCCCACAGUUGCAGCUUGCACUCAGCUGGGUCAGCCAGAUUAAUUCAGUAAAACUAGAAAGCCUUCAAGGACCAGCCAAAUUCUAAAGGUGGGUGAAUGAGUCACCAUCUUAUAUUGGUCAGAACUGGGACCCCAAGAGCAGCCAUUCUAGAGAGCACCCAGGGUCUUCAAGACCAAGGCCAGUCCAUAUUUCAACUGGUAGGUAGUUUUUGCAAAAUCCCUCUCUCUGAGAACUUUUUCUCGCUGACUUUAUUAUUUUUUUUUUCAAGUAUACAUUAUUUUACUUUAGACAAAUUUAUUUUCCCACCACUGUCCAUUGAAAUUACCUUAAUAGUGAUUAUCUACUUAUUCCUGAAAGCCCUGUUAUGUUUUUCUUCCUCUCUCUCAGCCAACAAAAGUAUAUUCUCAAAAGAAAAAAAAAAUCAAGUUCAAUAUGUUUUGCCAAAUUAAAUUUCAUGUGGUAGAUCAAUUUUUGUGUCAAAAUAAUCCUUUAGAUUUGGUGAUGACAGGCUUAUGGUUUUUUUCACCAUGCCCAUGUAUUAGAGUGAUAUAUUUUUGAAAACUUUAAUUUUGAAAGCCAUAAUUUUGCUAAUCUAGUUAAAGGGUGGGAGGAGGACUACAAAUAUGAGUGAGAUUUCGGCUUUGUCAAAAAUAAUCCAUUUGUUCUCAGAAGCACAGCUCGGACGUUUACAUCGAAACAGACCAGGGUGUAGGGCCCUAUUAGAGCAAAAUGAAGCAUUCUUGAUUUGAUGGAUAAUACUCUGGCCUGAAGGAAAGGUUAAAGAUAUCUCUCCUAGACCCAGGUCAGUUACACGUUAACAUAUGGCAAAUUGCUAUUUGAAAUAUACUAACAAGACGAGCAUUUGUCAGACUUGGGAGCAUCUUGGCAAAGACAGAUUCAUACCAGUCUCCGAAAAGAAAUUUUGCUCAAUAAGAUAUGCCAUAUCCUGACCGAUGCUAUGCCUGUAAUCAUAGCUGAUGGGGAGGAUUCUGAAAAUGAGUGGCAUAAGUGAGAGGCAGGGGUGUAUGCCAUAAAAGUCACUGAUUUGGGUGACUUCCAUUUUCAUGGAAUGCCUUUGUCAAAUUAGGAAAGAACAAAAAUUUUGUAAAUCAGCUCGAUUUCAUGUAUUCAGCUGCAUUUCAUCAUCCACCUCACCUUUCCCUCACUUUCAUACAGCAUGCCAUAAGUUAGACUGAAGUAGAUCUUCAUGUUGCAUUGAUACAGGGAGGCCGUCUUGUCAAGUUUUGUUAAGUGUAAAGGGGAAACUGGCCCCGGAGAGGAGAAAUUAUGCUGCCCUCUGAUCUUGCUUUGACAAUGCCAAUUUGCAUUUCUUUGCCUUGGAGCAAUGUCUGUCAUUGCACGAGCUUCUUAAGAACAAGGUUCUUUUUCUUGGUAUUCCCUGCCUCCUUUGUCUCAGUGUGGGGACCCAUACCAACCUCCUGGGGGGUGGAGGUGGUGAACAGUCUCUGCCAGGUAGUAGUACCCUGUCCAUCUGGUAUGCAGAUCACUCACCAGGUGCUCACAGAUGGCUGUACUGUUCAGCCUCCUUCAGUUCCACCCCGCCCUCCCAGCAUAAAAGCAUUCCAGUCCAUUCUAAAGUCUUCUCCCUCAUGGGUAAGCCCAGAGCAUGCCACAGGAUGGAGCCGAGUUUGCAAUAGAAUUAACACCUUCAGGACAACCCUGUACUUCAGUACUCUUGUCUCACCACACAGGCCUGAUCCCAGAAGGCUGAUGAAUCCUGCUGGUCCCCUGGAGCCAUUUCUCCCCAUUAGGAACAAAUGUGGUAUCAUUUAGCCAAGCUCUUAUAAGUAACUUCGCCCAGGGUGUCCAAAGGGAGACUUUGCUCUCUGUUGGCUGGAAAUGCUUGGUGCCAGAAUACAUUUCACCCAGCUCUACUCUGGCUUGCCACCUAGCAGGGUUUCCCCAGACACACACGAUGCAGUGAGGGCAACCGCUCCACCUCUGGCAGGAAGACGGUGGGCCGGGAAAUUUGUGACAUCUGGUCAGCAUAGCGUAGGGUCACCUGCUGUGUUCUCUCUCACCCUACAGGUUCUUGCCAGUUCUUCAUGCCAAUCCAAGGUAGUUGAUUGACCUCCAUGCUUGGCUACUUGGUUUUUUAAUUGUCUGCUCUGCAACUGAAUACCUGUGUGUAUGAGUUCAGGCCACAUGUGUAUGUAUGUGUGUGUGGUGUGUGUAUUUGAAUAUAUAUAUAGUUUGAAUCAAAUCGUCAUGUGCAUCACUUCUCUCAUUCACACACAUGCUGUCACCCGAGCUGUGAAGCGGAUCACCUGGAACAAUCUGGAGUGACACUGCUUAGUGUUACUCUCGGUAGAUCUGGACACGACUGCCUUGUUCUGGUCUUGGGUUAGGUGCCACAGCUGUGGCUUCAGUCAGUCUCUUAAACAGGAGUGUUUAUAACCAGACCGCCGGGCCUCUGCUGUUCUUUCUGUUGGCCAUACUGCACAAGAAGGUGGCUACUUCCUCCCUCUUUUCCAACACUGUAAUUAUUGUUUUACAAUUGAGUGCCUUAAUAAUAGUUUACAAAUACUAUGUAUUUAUGGGAAACUGUUAAGCUCUCACCUUCUGUGAUUGGAUACUUUGCCUUGUUUGUGGUUGGCAUUAGGGCUGGAGCUUGGCCUGCCCCGUACUGUGCUCAUCUGCUGUGCAGUCAUACGCGUGUGCCCACAACUGUCUAAGGAGCAUUGCUGGAAACGCACUGGUAGUUCCUACAGAUGAGGCAGGCACUGGCUCAUGCUGCAUCCCAUAGUAGUGAGGAAAGAAUUAGAAUUUUGUGUGCGAGCCAGCCAGGGGCGGUGUAGUCCAGGUGCCCUCUGGACCGCAGCCCAGCCCCUCACCAUCCCGCCAUCACACAGUUAGUUAUACUCUUCUUUAAUAGAGAUUUUUAUUACCACCUAGACCACCCUAUUUUCCUCUCUGUUGGUAUCCUGAGCUCUUUGCAACAAAAUGCAGGUACUGACCCCCACCCCCAAAUCAGGAGCUCCACCAGAUGGGUUGCCCUUUGGUUUUCAGAAGCUGCCAGUGGGUUCCAGUAUGUUGCAUAAUGAUAUCAAUUAUUUUUUUAUUAUAUUGGUUUUUCUCUUUUUUUUUAUAUUAUAUAUUUAAAAGGCAGUAUCUUUUGUACUGUGAAUUUGCAGUAGAAGAUGCAUAAUGCACUUUUUUUACUUCUGUUGUGUACUGUAUAUAGUCUGUGUGCUUCUUGUGAUGAAAAUAAACUUUUUGUUUAUAAAUG